AACCACUUUACGCGUCGCCAGGGGCACUGCGCGCAGGCCAUUAAAACCCCGCUGCAAGAUAGGGACCUGUAAUUGUGGGGCAGCACAAGGGAGCCAAGGUCAAGCCACAUCACAGCGACAAGACCCCACAACUCCAGAACGCCGCAAAUCACCAGCCAAACGACGACAGCAGCACAUCCCACCUACGAUCACCCGGCUGCCCAUUGCGCCCCCCGAACCCGUAACUUUGUUGACGAAUAUUUGGACGAGCCGGGUACCAAUAGAAACACCGCCACCAUGUCGGCAGGAAUGUCGCUGUAUAGCGUCAACGCUAUCCUCAUCCUUUCUAGCGAGGACGGGUCGCGGAUAUUCACAAAGUACUACACCCCGCCGCACCAGGCGGUAACGAACCCAGCAGGAGCCGCACCCGCCAGCUCCUCGCAGAACCCCUACCCCGACAAGACCUCCCAAACCCGGUUCGAGAAGGGCCUCCUCCAAAAGACGGCCAAGCAGACGGGCGACAUCCUGCUCUACGACAACCGCAUCGUGCUGUACAAGAUGGAGUCGGACGUGGCCCUCUAUGUGGUUGGCAGCGUCGGGGAAAACGAGAUUCUGCUGUACAAUGUGCUGCUAGCUCUGCGCGACAGCCUGCACCUGCUGUUCAAGCAGUCGGUCGACAAGCGCACCAUCAUCGAGAACUACGACCUGGUGUCGCUGGCUGUCGAUGAAAUCUGCGACGACGGCGUGGUACUCGAGACGGACCCGACUAUUAUCGUGCAGCGGUGCAGCAAGGCGCCGUCGCAGGACGUCAACCUCAGCCGGAUCGAUCCUUUCAGCGAGCAGGGCGUCAACAACCUGGCGCAACUAGGCAAGGCGAAGCUGACGGACUGGCUGAGGCAGGGGUUGUAGGGGGUGCGGGAAAGGGGGUUAUGAUAUGAGUUUA